AGUGAUGAAUUGACUCUGGAAGGUAUCAAACAGUUCUUCGUAGCUGUGGAACGUGAAGAGUGGAAAUUUGACACUCUCUGUGACCUUUAUGAUACUCUUACUAUAACUCAAGCUGUUAUAUUCUGUAAUACAAAAAGGAAGGUGGACUGGCUGACAGAAAAAAUGAGAGAAAACAACUUCACUGUGAGCGCCAUGCAUGGAGAUAUGCCCCAAAAGGAGAGGGACAACAUCAUGAAGGAGUUCAGGUCAGGACAGAGCAGAGUUCUUAUUACCACCGAUGUUUGGGCCCGAGGAAUAGACGUUCAGCAAGUUAGUUUGGUAAUAAACUAUGAUUUACCAAAUAAUCGUGAAUUGUACAUUCAUCGUAUUGGUAGAUCUGGGCGUUUUGGACGUAAGGGUGUUGCAAUCAAUUUUGUCAAGUCCGAUGACAUUAGAAUUUUGAGAGAUAUUGAACAGUAUUAUUCAACACAAAUUGAUGAAAUGCCCAUGAAUGUUGCUGAUUUGAUAUAAAAAAUU